AUUCGACACACACAAUUCUCCUUCCUCCUCUUGUGCUGACAAACCUUUAAAAAAAACAUAUUUUACUCUCAAUUACUCAUAUACUCACUCAAGUACUUCAAAUCAUCUAUAUGGAAUUCUUUGUUCUUGAUUAAUUUUUCAUUGCAUCAACAAUUGAAGAACCCCAAUCCCUCACAAUCCCUAUUUCCCUCCCUCGCAUUUUCAGAAACCCAUACCCCAUUCCCUCACAAACCCGAUUCCCUCACAAACCCUAUUCCUGCACACCGGAGCUUAGCGAUUGCCGCCUAUACAUCGGAGCUUCUGCCGCCUGCACGCCGGAGUUCCAGCCGCCUUCAGCACACCGGUGCUACCGCCUUUUGAACAUACACCUUUCAAAUAACCCACGACAGAUAAAAGAUGGUUGGGAGAGGAAGGGGAAAGAAAAUAUGCAGUCGGAGUAUUGCCCCCGGAAAACUUAUGAGUCGUGUUCAAGCUAGUCGGACGCUAUUGUUUAGCAAGCAAAAUGUAGCUGAUCAAUUCAAUAAUAGCUCUAACCCACACAUCACAGAUGAGAUUGCUCAUGUAGUUAGCAAAAAUUUGGAGAGGCAACGAACAACUUAUGAAGCGCAUAUAAACAAAGCAGCACCAACUGAAUUGCCAGCAACUAAAUCGCCAAAAACUGAUGCGCCGACCUUGAAUGACCAUAACUUGAUUCAUGGAGACGAUCUUCAAGGUUAUGAAGAAACUGCUACACCAAUCUUGAAUGACCAAGCAUCAGAAGGCGCCAUUACCUUAAUGGAUGAAAGCAUACUUGGUAAGAGAAAGAAAAGAAGCAACUUUGUUAGUAGAAUUGAAGUGGGCUUGCAAGUGAAUGAAGCUUUAGAUCCACAACCAAGGCAAACUAUCACUCGAAAGGAGGUGGAGCAAGUUAAUGGUGAUGAGAUAGAUAGAAAUACAGCAACUAGUAAGAUCAAAGGAAGAGGUAAGAGAGGAAUGUAUAAGAGUUACUUGGUUGACAUGAAAAUUAAAGGGAGAGGAUCGAAAUUGAAGAUCACAAUACCUGUUGAAAUUGACCGAGCAAUUGGAGAAAAUGCUUGUCACUUGGUUAAUGAGUGUGGGCGUGUUGUGAGGACAAAAUCUUCGUUGAAUGUGAAAAGUUGGAAAGAAGCAUUUGAGGCAGCUGGAGAAAGUAUGUUGAAGGAAAUACAGGAGAAGUUUGAAAUUGAUAAGUCUAGUGACUACUUCCGAAUGUAUGCAUUUGUCUUAGAGACCAUGCAACAUUUAUAUAGAUUUUACAAGUGUAGGUUGCACAAUUACUACAAAAGUGCGAGAUGCGGAAAAACUAACGAGGAGCGCAAAAAGAAUCCUCCUCUUAACUUACCCCAACCUCAAUGGAAAAAUCUGAUCAAGUAUUACGGAUCUGACAAAUUUAAGGUCAUAAGUGAGAGGAACUCUAAAAAUCGGAAUUCUGACAAGAGAACUAAGCAUACAACUGAAAAUUUAUCAUAACCUGAAUUAGAAGAUGUAUUG